UGUGAAUGGUUCGGAAAUGUAAGUCGAAGAAGAUACGUUACGUUGCUCAGCAAAAUAAUAUAUUCCCACAGGAUUUUCAAAGGUGUGGAGUUAUCCCUGCUGUUUUUGGCGGCGCUCCUCUGCCGCAGUCACGCAAACUUCAUCAACUGCAACCCCGACAGAUUUCAGAACGAACCGGAAGGAGCCCUCGACUUUGAGUGCCCGUCUGGAUCUGCGCUGGAAGAGGUGGAGUCGUGUUUCGUCAACGUGCCCGCCGUGGGAGGCGACCGCCAGUGGCUCUGGCGUUGCAAGGCGCUCAGUGGUGUUCGUAACGAAGAGUGCAUGUGGCUUGAUGUUACUCUUGCCACACUGGAAAUUGGCGCAACAGAUCCUGAUCCGACCAUCUUGUUUCAGUGCCCCGCCAAUUAUUACAUGGGCGGAGUCAGGAGCACUUUCGACACGACAAAUGUUGAUCGCUCGUGGGACGUAAAGUGCUGCAAACUAGACCAGUGGUGUCAGAGGGAUUGUUUUAUAACCGACUACAUCAACGGUUUUGGUUUGGACCUCUACUAUUUUCAACCGGAGGAAUACCGGAAAAGUGCAAACGUGUUUGUUGGAUUCUUUAGUGACUUUGACUCCACAGAAGAAGACCGUAGGUGGAGAUUGAUGGUGUGCAAGUUCAGCCUCUGCGACUAUGGUGUCAUCAUUGACGAUAAAAGUCCAGAUAUAUUUUAAUGAUACAAGUUCUUGAAGCAUCAAAGACUCUAAUUAAUAACAUUCAAGUUACAUUAAUUUUGAAGUUGCUUUUAUGAAAAACGGUGAUAAUUAUAGCUAUGGAGGUGCAAACUUACAUGAUGUAGCUAUGGCAAAUGAUUAGGGGUUUG